UGACAACGCAUAGCAAGUCAUUUCCAUUUUCCCACACUCUUUUUCGAUGCUUGAUCCACCAGCUGCCAACGACUGGGUCCGUCUGGCAAAUACAGCCACUGCCACACUACUAGUUGCGGCAGCUAUUAUAAGGUCUCGCCAGCUGCUGAAACAUGCACUUAUCCAACCGCUCGCAUCAGCGUGCUUCGUGGAAUACAAAGCUAAAGUUUACUACGGCGUUUCUUGCCCUCUGCAUAUCGUUCGCCUUGGCACUUAUCCAGCUGCAGUCAGCGGUAUACAGACCGCAGGAAUACCUUUCGGCGUUCAUGCAGCCAGUAGCUGUACUUGCUGCAUUCUUUCUACAUAUUCUCUACUACAGGCACAGCGAGUGCUCGUCAGAUAUUCUGCUUCUGUUUUGGCCGGCAUCCGGCAUACUGUCUGCAAUGUCUGCGUACUGUGCACCCCAUGGCCGCAGCCUUGAUAUGCCAGUUGCAAUCAAUGUACUCUGCAUUCGCUACAUUAGCAGCGUACUUUGAGCUCCAGACUUUUCCACCUUCCCAUCAUCUAAGCGCAUACAGCGGACGUACUGAUC